AUGGGUACUCUUGAAAUAGAAGCUCCACUUGAACACAAAAAAUCCAUACCAACGGAGGCAGAAGAAGACGAUGACGAGAUUUCACCCAUAGAACAAGUCCGGUUAACCGUGCCCAUAACCGACGACCCGACCCUCCCAUUAUGGACUUUCCGCAUGUGGAUCCUCGGCAUUCUCUCCUGUUCACUACUUUCCUUCCUCAACCAGUUCUUCUCCUACCGGAGAGAGCCACUUAUAAUUACUCAGAUAACGGUACAGGUGGCCACUCUCCCCAUUGGACGGUUCAUGGCUGCCGUCCUGCCCACCACAAAAUGGACGCUGAAUCUCCCACGGGUCGGGCCUACAGAGUUCAGUCUCAACCCGGGUCCCUUCAACAUGAAGGAGCAUGUACUCAUCUCGAUAUUUGCGAAUGCUGGAAGUGCUUUCGGGAAUGGGCCGGCUUAUGCUGUUGGUAUUGUAAAUAUAAUUACUGCAUUUUACGGAAGGCAUAUCUCUUUCAUCACUGGUUGGGUACUCAUUAUAACUACUCAGGUUUUGGGAUAUGGAUGGGCCGGGCUUCUCAGGAAAUACGUUGUAGAGCCGGCACAUAUGUGGUGGCCAAGCACACUUGUCCAGAUCUCCCUCUUCAGGGCAUUGCAUGAAAAAGAAAAUGAAGAUGGUGAUGACAAUGAGGAUGGUAGAGUUGGCCAGAAACAGACAUCCCGUUUCAAAUUCUUUCUAAUUGCACUACUUUGUAGCUUUUGCUGGUAUCUUGUCCCAGGCUACUUAUUCAUAACCCUGCAGAGCAUUUCUUGGGUAUGCUGGACAUAUCCCAAGUCUGUCACUGCCCACCAGAUAGGAUCAGGUUUCAGUGGUCUCGGAAUUGGAGCCUUCACACUCGACUGGUCGGUAGUAGCUUCCUUCUUGUUCAGUCCUCUCAUCUCUCCCUUCUUUGCCAUUGCCAAUGUGUUUGUAGGAUAUGCAUUGUUUAUGUAUAUUGUUCUUCCCAUAUCAUACUGGGGGGUUAAUUUAUAUAAUGCCAAAAACUUCCCCUUCUAUUCUGCGGAUUUGUUCACGGCACAAGGUCAGCCAUAUAAUGUAACAGCAAUUGUCAACAAGAACUUUAAGCUGGAUCUGGGAGAGUAUGACAAGCUAGGACGAGUCAACUUGAGCACUCUCUUUGCUCUCUCGUAUGGCUUUGGAUUUGCCACCAUAGCAUCUACACUUACGCAUGUGGCGUUAUUCUAUGGAAGAGAGAUAUAUGAUCGCUAUAAAGCUUCUUCAAAGGGAAAGAUAGAUGUUCACACAAGAUUAAUGAAAAACUACAAAGAUAUUCCUUCAUGGUGGUUUUACUCUCUUCUUGUGGUGACUAUUGCGGCCUCUCUUGCACUCUGCAUCUUCAAGAAAAGUGAGGUUCAGUUGCCUGUUUGGGGACUUCUAUCUGCAGCUGCCCUUGCUUUUAUAUUUACUCUUCCAAUCAGCAUCAUCACUGCUACCACGAAUCAGACACCAGGACUAAAUAUUAUCACGGAGUAUGUUAUGGGCAUAGUAUAUCCUGGAAGACCAAUAGCAAAUGUCUGUUUCAAGGUAUAUGGCUACAUGAGCAUGGCCCAAGCAGUCUCCUUUCUUAGCGACUUCAAGCUUGGUCAUUAUAUGAAGAUCCCUCCAAGAUCAAUGUUCUUAGUUCAGUUCCUUGGAACCACGAUUGCAGGUACAAUUAAUAUAGGUGUUGCAUGGUGGCUUCUGCAUUCUAUUGACCACAUAUGCCACAAGGAUAAGCUUCCGCUAAACAGUCCUUGGACAUGUCCCAAUGAUCGUGUCUUCUUUGAUGCAUCGGUCAUCUGGGGCCUUGCGAGUCCAAGAAGGAUUUUCGGCGAACUUGGAAACUAUUCAGCAAUGAACUGGUUCUUUGUCGGAGGAGCAUUGGGACCAUUUAUCGUAUGGGGGUUUCACAAGGCAUUCCCUAAGCAAUCUUGGAUUCCCCUCAUUAACCUUCCCAUACUCCUCGGAGCAACUGCUUAUAUGCCACCAGCCUCUGCAUUGAACUACAAUUCUUGGAUUCUGGUCGGGACAGUUUUCAACUUUUUCGUGUACAGAUAUCGGAAGAAGUGGUGGCAAAGAUAUAACUACAUACUUUCAGCAGCCUUAGAUGCUGGUGUUGCUUUCAUGGCUGUGUUGAUCUACUUCAGUGUGGGGUUGGAGAAUAAAAACUUGAAAUGGUGGGGUGCUGAUGAUCCUGAGCAUUGUGAUCUUGCCGCUUGUCCUACUGCCAAGGGUAUAUCAGUCGACAGUUGCCCAACAUUUUAA